GUGCUCCCGAGGGCACGGGUAGCUGGGCGGGGCGAGCCCGGACUGCGCCGCGCCAAGGGCUGACGCACCGUCGGAAAGUUGAGCUCAGACCUUCGCUCGGUUUCUUCGGGCUCCCCGGGCGCCGCUGGACCGGGACCCGGAUCCAGCCCGGAGAGAGAGAGAGAGAGAUUUGAAAGUUGUCUGGAGUUCCUGCCAGAGCUGGAUGCUAGAGAAAGUUUUUACAUUUCUCUGGAGAGUGCAAUGACGAAAUACAACUGAGGCUUUCAAAGAGAGCAGUUACAGGUGUUUGCUUCUCGGUAUGAUGGAUGUUUCACUGACCCCAGUAAAUGGAAGAAAAUUUUCUCCAGCCUUUAAAUGUAUUGCCUUCCUUGCUCUUUCAAAAACACACUCUUCUUGGCUAAGAACACUUUAGAGGCAUUUGGCAUCAAAUCAACAGAAUGGUGGCCUUUAAUGGAAUUUGAGGCAUCAAGAAGCAGUUUGAUUGAUUUUGGAAAGUGACCAUGAAGAGUGAAGAAGUUACAUUUCUGAUAUUUGAAAGUUAGUGACUACUUACCACAUUUUCAUGAAAACUAAAUAUGACUUAGAAGCAUUGAAGUUUAUGAUGUCAUCAGUUUCAACAGAAAGCAGACUCCAGCAGGCCGUGAGCCUUCAGGGAGUUGACCCAGAAACAUGCAUGAUUGUAUUUAAAAACCACUGGGCACAGGUUGUAAAAAUCUUGGAGAAGCACGACCCCUUGAAGAACUCCCAGGCAAGAUACGGAGCCAUCCCUCCAGAUGAGGCCAGCGCCGUGCAGAACUAUGUAGAGCACAUGCUCUUCCUGCUAAUUGAAGAAGAAGCCAAGGACGCUGCAAUGGGGCCAAUUUUGGAGUUUGUGGUCUCUGAGAACAUAAUGGAGAAGCUUUUCCUUUGGAGUUUGAGGCGGGAGUUUACUGAUGAGACUAAAAUCGAGCAACUAAAGAUGUAUGAGAUGUUGGUCACUCAGUCACACCAGCCUCUGCUUCAUCAUAAGCCUAUUCUGAAACCUCUGAUGAUGUUGCUCAGCUCUUGUUCGGGGACGACCACUCCUGCCGUGGAGAGGAAGUUGGUUGUCCUGCUCAAUCAGCUCUGUUCCAUCCUUGCCAAAGAUCCAUCCAUCCUGGAACUCUUUUUCCACACUAGUGAGGACCAAGGGGCUGCCAACUUCCUUAUCUUCUCCCUCUUGAUUCCCUUCAUUCAUCGUGAAGGCACAGUUGGCCAGCAGGCUCGGGACGCCUUGCUGUUUAUCAUGUCUCUCUCUGCUGAGAACAGCAUGGUGGCCCAUCACAUUGUGGAGAACACCUAUUUUUGUCCAGUGCUUGCAACUGGCCUCAGUGGGCUGUACUCCUCCCUGCCCACGAAGCUGGAAGAGAAAGGCGAGGAGUGGCACUGCCUCCUGAAGGACGACUGGCUCCUGCUGCCCGCCCUCGUCCAGUUCAUGAAUUCCCUGGAGUUCUGCAAUGCGGUCAUUCAGGUGGCUCACCCCUUGAUUCGCCGUCAGCUUGUCAAUUACAUCUACAAUGGAUUCUUGGUUCCGGUCUUGGCUCCUGCUCUUCAUAAGGUGACCGUGGAGGAGGUCAUGACCACAACUGCGUACCUGGACCUUUUCCUGCGCAGCAUCUCAGAACCAGCACUGCUAGAGACCUUCCUCCGCUUUAUCCUGCUGCACCAGCAUGAGAAUGUCCACAUUCUAGACACGCUUACGAGCCGGAUCAACACCCCGUUCCGGCUUUGUGUGGUGUCCCUGGCAUUAUUUAGAACACUCAUCGGUUUACAUUGUGAAGAUGUGAUGUUACAACUAGUUUUAAGGUACCUGAUCCCCUGCAACCACAUGAUGCUGAGUCAGAGGUGGGCUGUGAAGGAGAGAGACUGCUACUCGGUGUCUGCUGCCAAGCUGCUCGCCCUGACUCCUGGCUGCUGUGCCAGUGGCAUCACUGUGACGCUCGGGGACCAAGAACGGGAUUAUAUCCUCUGGUCAAAGGGCAUGCCCGACGGCUCAGGGCCCACAGAGCCACCACCAGAGGCCGCCUCACCAUCGGCCUGCAUUGUGGAGUAUGGGAAGGCCCUGGACAUCAGUUACCUGCAGUAUCUGUGGGAGGCCCACACCAACAUCCUGCGCUGCAUGCAGGACUGCCGGGUCUGGUCUGCGCUGUACGACGGGGACUCGCCCAGCUCCGAGACGCUUCUGCCUGGUCUGCCAGAGGCCAGCCCCAUGUCCCAGCACCCACAGCACCCAGGGUCAGGAGGCUGUCAGCUGGCUUCAGCCAAGGAAAAAGGCCACACAGAGCUGGAGUGGGAUGACAGCUACGACACAGGCAUCUCCUCAGGAGCUGAUGUGGGCUCCCCUGGGGCUUACAAUGACCUGGACACUUCUGGCCCCCCAGUGCCAGUUGAUCCACCCAAGCACAUCCAGGAGAUGAAGAAGAAUGCCAUCUUGCUCUUCAAAGGGUCCUACAUUGAGGAGUCGGACUUCCAGGAUGACGUGAUGGUGUAUAGGCUAUGUGCGGAGAAGGACACAGAGGACACCAAGGACUCACAGGGAGAAGCUGUGGAGCCAGCAGCUGAGAUCCAGCCGGAGGCUCAGAGCUCCCCUGUGAACAGUGGGCCUCUCCAUCCCCAGCCAGAGCCAGGUUCAGAGGAAGGACACAGAAGCGACGGUUCAGACCUGCUUCUCAGCACAUCAAAGGACUCGACUCGAGGGAAUGGGCCUGAACCGGCUCCCAGGUCAGACCCACAGCAGGCAGCCCCUGCCUCCAAGGCCGAGCACGGUCCAGAGGAGCCAGCGGUCAGCCUGGAGAGUGAGGACUUCAUCAUGCAGUAUGACCAGAUCAUUAGAGAGCUGGAUUCAGGCUCUGAGAGCUUGAUGGACCAGAGCUUCCCACCACUGGAGCCUGGGCUGCUGCUCAGCGAGGAGGAAGGCAGGGGAGAAGAGGGGAAGGGGCAGGAUGACAUGGACGAGGAGGAGGACAACUUCGACUCGCUCAUAGCGGAAGCUCCUGCUGUGGAGAGCAUGCCUUCCCCAUUCGGGGUGCGAGAGGAGCCUGCCUGUGGCAGUCACCACCCCGCGAGAACACCGGGUGCUCCAUUCACAGGCCCGUUCAUCAGCGUGGUCCUGUCCAAGCUGGAGAACAUGCUGGAGAACUCGCUGCACGUGAACCUGCUGCUCAUCGGGAUCCUCACGCAGCUGGCCAGCUACCCGCAGCCCCUGCUGCGUUCCUUCCUGCUCAACACCAACAUGGUCUUCCAGCCCAGCGUACGUUCCCUCUACCAGGUCCUGGCAUCUGUGAAAAACAAGAUCGAGCAGUUUGCAUCUGUGGAGCGAGACUUCCCCAGCCUCCUCAUCCAGGCCCAGCAGUACCUGCUCUUCCGGGUAGACACCUCUGAGGUGACGCCUGUGGCCCUAACCCCAGAUCCCAUUCCAGAGGCUUCCAAGACUGGAAGUGGCAGGAACCUUUUGGAUGGUCCCCCCAGAGUGCUUCAGCCCUUCCUGACCAACAGAGCGAAGGUGGCUGGGGCACCCCCGAACCUGCCCCUGCCAGUGAGGAACACCAUGCUGGCUGCUGCCCUCUUCCCCGAGUUCCUGAAGGAGCUGGCCGCCCUGGCGCAGGAGCACUCCAUCCUGUGCUACAAGAUCCUUGGGGACUUUGACGACACCUGCUGUUAGUGUCUAAAAAAACGUCUUCCCAGACACACAGGCUGUGGUAUCGUGACUGAAUGUUAAAUGCAAAGCUGCUUGUCAAAUUCUGUUUUGAUGUAUUUCCUGACAAUACUUGAUUUACGGGAGGAGACUGCUGUGGCCUCCUCUCUCCUGCUGGGUCUUCCUUCCACGCGGUCUAUAGAAUGUAAGGCUUCCCGGCAGAUCGCUUCUCUACGCAGAUUGUCUCUGCACACUUCUGCCAUCUCACAUUUUGCUUUUAUCUUCCCAUCCCUUGAGUCACUCAGCCUGCUGCUCAGAUCCAAUAGAGCAGAUACCGGGGGCCACUGGUGGCUGGACGUGUCCCGUGGCAAAGGCUGGCCUCCGGCAGCACACGGAGGCGUCCCAGCCUCUGAACGAUGCUCUGCUGCCCUCUGCAUUUUGGCUUUCAUUUUAUAAAAGGGAAGAGCUACGAUGGAGCUGUUCGUGCCUCCAUCACACAAGUCCAAGUCCCCUGUCCCCCCUGAGCCUUACUUCCAGGACUGUGUUCCCUCCGCCACUGCCUGGGAUGUCACGUGGCACUGGAGAGAACUCGGAGAACAGGGAAUCUUUUCCUGUUGCUUGAGAGCGUUCUUUAUUCCUUCCUGCCACACUACCUGAACACUGAACACUGAAGAUAGCCUUAUUUUAGUAAGAUUUGCACAAAUCGAAGUGUGCCUAUGCAGAAUUCUGCUUUAGUUUUUAAGAGUUUGAUCAGAUGAAGAAAGUGUGGUGUUGUGUACUUAGGCAAGAAGAUAGCCGUCAUUAUUUUUUAAAGUGUUUUAAGAAAUAUUAACUUGUAAAGUGCUUCCAUAGUGGGCUUUUUUGGGAGAAGUUUGAGAGGGGGCAAAGAUAAAGGUCCACUGAAUGCAGCCUAGAAAAUCUCUGGUCAUUAUUUUGAUUUUGUAGUUGUUAAUAUGUUGCACUUUAUAGAGAAAUAGACACCUAUGCAGCCCACUUGGGGAGCUGGGACAGAAGUGUGUCCAGGUCACUGGAGCCCUGCAGAGCCAAGUGCCCACUGGUGGUCGCUCUACACAGACAUGCUGUCUUCUAGGGACAGCUUCAUCAGCCCCACUGUGGGUUAUGAGUGCUUCUUGCCACUUUUCAGCCUGCUCCAAGAGGCAGGGUUGUACCCAGAGCCAUGGCCACUUGAAGCUGUCACCACAGGGAGAUCACAAAAUAAGGGUGGGUUGAGAAUGAGACUACACAAGUGAUGUUCAUGCAUAUUACUCUGCACUCUUACCUUUUGGGGCCCAGGUCAGCGGAAAGAAGCAAAAAACCAGGACGAGCCUCCAUUUGGAGGGAGAUUGGAGGGCAUCUUGGCUGGCCCUGUGGGCAGCUACAGGUCAGGCAGUUGUGCCCUGGGGCACUCUUGUCUGAAUGGGCUCCCCACUACCAGAGACCUGGGAAGGAAUCUCAGCAGAAGGCUGUGUGCCGAGGCCAUGCUUUGUGCUUCAGGCUCUUGCAGAGGCUGAGAGAGAGAGAGAGAGAGAGCCAGCCUGGGCCAGGGAGCCAUCAGGACUCACCUCGGCAGUUUCCUAGCCCCGGCAAGAAACCAGGUUUCCUGGCCUGGCACAUUUCUGACUUCCUGUUUGUCACAAAAAAGGAUUUUCCCAGCUGUGUUGCCACAGCCAGAUGAGCUGAGGUGCAGCUUGUGGCUUCCUGGUGCCUUGUAUUUGCACAGCCCACAGAUCUCCAGCAGGAAAAAAGGUAGCUUUGGGCAGAAAGAGGAGCAGUUGAGCUGUGAUACAUUAUCCUCAGGCUUUGUCUUGGACUGGGAUGUGUCUGGUUGUUUGGAUUUGCAGGUCACAGAAGCACGCGGAAGCCUUGCCUGCUAGGUGUGUUCUGUCAUCUGGUGGCAGCCGUGAUUCUGUUUCUUCAUCACAGAGCACCGUGGCCCAUGUGGAAGGUGCCCAUUAGGACGAGGAUUGACUGUGCCUCCUCUGGUUUUCAGUAGGUGCUGAAGCAGAGUUACUUUAAUGCCUGGAACAGGGGUGAGGCAGGUGCAUGUGGCUUCCAGGGGAGGAUGUUGGUGCCCACCCCUCACAACUGCUCUCUUCUCUCUCGUGGAGUUGUAGACUGGUCCACAUUUCUGCAGCCGUCACCGUUCUCCUCCAGGGGGCUGUGCCCAGAGUCAUACAAAAUGAAGUCGGAAGGCUGACCUGGAAAUGCGCUACAGGGCAUCAGAAAGUCCAGAAUGGCUGAGCUGAGGAAGGCAGUGGAAACCAGAGCUAUACACAGGACAGGAGGAGCCCUGCAGGAUCUGGAAGGGGACGUUGUCCUAGGCAGCCAUGAAGAUGCCGGAUAGGCAGGGAUGGCGGGAGUGUCCAAAGGCACAAGAUCGGCCUAGUGAAGAAGGUUCCAGUGUUCAAGUAAACAGGCAGGGCCCUUAGAGUUGUCUUUUUUGUAAUAAGUUUUGGGAAGAAAUUUUAAAGACCUUUGACCUGCCUAAGAACAUGGUCCAAGAGCACAUCUCCCCUGCCCUCGGAGUAGCCUGCCGGCAGCCCUGCAUCUCACCAGAGAGCCAGGGGACAAGAGCCUCAGCUGCAGUCCUUGGCCGGCGUCCUGGGAGGGAAGGCGAGUAGAGGAUGCCUGGAACAUCACAGCGUUUACCUCAGCUCGUAAUUCAGGGUCUGAUGGAGCAGGCUAGACUGAAUUUUCUGGCUUAAGAUAUAUGAGGAUCACUGGUGUAUUUAAAAUUGAUGUUUUGAAAAUGUUUAGACAAAUGUUUGCAAAACUUUAAACAGAAAUUCCACCUUAGGUCCAGCCUAAAACACAAUUUGAUGGGGGUAAAUUACAGUUUCCCAGCUGUUGAGGGAGAUGCAGGAAUAGCUAAUCAGAGAUGUGAUUUUCUUGUAUUGGUGGAGACUCCCUUCUCCUUGUGUCUAGGGGCACUGUGAAGUUGUGCCUGUUCGAUUGAGCUCUGUUUUAGAAACCUGUGGGAUGCGCUGAGGUUGGGCUUGCGGCCUUGGCUAUGUGUCAGAGACAUGUCAGCGUGUCCCCAGGCCUUGCAGUACCCUUCCUUCAUGGGGUUGACUGGGGUCAGGGGUGGUUGUUGGUUUUCAGUGGACAAAGACAUCGUGGGGCCAGGGUGUUGUCAGGGGAGUGUCCUCUUGUGCUUGUAAGGGGUCCUGAUUGGGCAGCCAGUGUAGGAACUCCCCGUGGGAAGUUCUGGUGCCUGCAGCAUCGUGUGGACUGACUGCCAGAUGUGUUUAGAGGUUUUGGGUGGUGCAUGGACUGCUCACUCUGGGUGUUGGGUCACUUUCAGCAGGUGGCUGUGUCACAUGAGAUAAAUAGCUCCCUGUACCCUGGCUCUCACUUAAGGGCAGUUCAGUUUGAUAGCUAUGAGCUCUGUAAAUACAAUGAUGUCUGUCCUGCCUACCACUUGUAUGAAGCACAUUACUACAGGGCAGCUGUCAUGCAGUUUCUCCACUCACUGCCAAGGCCCAUGUGAGGUUCAGGGUGCCACAGCCCUGGCCCGUAGUGUUAUCUCCUCCUGGAGCAGUGCUCUGCUGGUGGCUGAGGCCACAUCCGCAUUCAGUCAGUCAGGGAGCCGUCCCAGCCCCUUCAUGCUUCAGCUACCAGUCUGUAACUGCUGGGACUGAUUUCCCGCCCAACAGCGAUGUAGAACGUGCCACACCGCUUUAUGUGCACACCAUUCCAUCAGCCAGGGCACGUUUUAAGAGGAUGGAGUUGAUGUUUCUCCUUUCUUUUUAAAUAGCCAUCCUAAACCUAAUGCUUCAGAAAAAGACUAAGAAUGGAUUUUGGCAUAAUUUCACCUCAGUAAAUCCUUUCUACAUGGAGGCAUUUAUCAGGCCGUGAUGUUUGGAGGACAGAUUAUCCUGGCAGCUUUUAACCGAGUGAACAGGUUUCCAUGAAGCUUUCUGGGAGGUUGUUCAGGGAAGAGGACUGUGUGCAGGAAGCUUUUGGUUUUGCCCUCUCCUCUCAGAACCCCAAACUGGUGACAUUAGCAGGGUGUCCUUCCCCGUCCCAUAGGGCACUGUGAAUUUUGCUGCAGGCUUUCAGGAUGUGGGUGACCAGGGACCCUCACAGGUAAGGUAGAAGCACUCAGAGCACAGCUGUCAGUGGGCUCUGCAGUGACUUCAGGCUUUUGAGGAGCCUGCGUUCACUGUACCACCUCAGACCUGGUGAAGAUGCUGAAGCUCCUGAGCACAUCUCACAUUUGCUAGCGCUGGGCUGACGUUUUACUGGGACAAAGACCCCUGUAACCAAGCCCUCUUCUGCCCUGAAGAUGUUCAGAGGCAGAGAAUAUAGUGUUAAUGACCCUGAGUGGCCCUUGCCCAGCCACUUGACUAAGGGACUCAUGUGCCUGCCCCCUCAAGGCCCAGGCAUACAUUUGUGUAAAGCCUGCUGGGGAAGCCUGCUGGCCACCCCAAGGCUGCUCCUGGGGAUGGGUAGGUAACGUGGCUCCCUUCCCUAGGCCCUGUGUCCAGUCCCAGAAACUGUGGCUGAACGCAAAUGAAAAAAAUGGCAGAUCAUGGUCCCCAGUUAUAUACCAAAUUAAGCAACUUAAACUGAAGGAGGGUGGGCACUACACAUUUCAUGCUGCUCUUGAGAUUAACAGUAAUUACUGAGAAACAGGACCAGAUCUCAGCUGAAACUUUGUGUAGUAACGACCUGCGUGGUUCUUCAUCUAUACCUUGAGGUGCAUUUCUCUGUUGCCUAAUGGGCAGAUGCAGAAAGCUACUUUGUAGACCACUGAACCAAAAUUUGAAAUCCUAGUAGUCAGCAACCUCUUUUGCAAAGGGACCCCCAAAACGUUUAUUUCAUGAAUCAGACACACUUUUCUUGAAUUCUCUGUCAGGCGGCUGCCGAGGGCCUCAGUUGACAGCCCUGCUUUCCUACCAGAGCCAUUCAGCUGCCUCCUUAAGCAGCAGAGCAUGGUUGGCCUGAGGGGCAGAGCUGGUUCGGGCUGGCCCGGGGAGGGUUCUCCAGUACCCCACCUGUAGUGGUGUCUCGGCAUUACACAUCCACCUACAGGUGUGUGUGUGCAGGGCCCUGUGUAUGACUGUGACAGAUGGCAGUGGCUUCCGUAUGGCACCAACUCAUACCUGUUAAUGAGAUUUCUCCUAAAUGGCACCAAUAGCAGUGGACUAAAUUCGUGCUCAUGCAAGAAUGAAGUUGGGUUUUACCAAGGUGUGUGCAGCGGAGCCCUGCUUGGUGAAUUUCUCAGGGCGCCAUAUAAAUGUUAUCUUUCAGUUAUUCCACCAGGCUCCAACCAGAUGUGCUACACAUUUCCUCAGAGCAGUGACAGUAAUACAGUGUUUUCUCCAGGAUUUCGGAAGGCACAGGGGGCAGAGCUGGACAGGAAGCGGUCUUGUGGGCCCCAGUGUAGAAAGGUGGAGGUGUUCGGGGGAAGCUGCACCACACACAGCCCUGCCUGACACAGACGGCUGGCAGACUCUUGCUCUGACCGCAUGUCUGCUUAGCCCUGGGUUUGAAAAGGUCUGGAAAGAUCCUUCGUGCUUUCUGUAAACUUCCGGUGAAGAGUUUACCAAAGGACACUGGGUUUUGUUUUUCUUUAUAAAAUGAAGGCCCUGACAGAGUUGCAUCUUGGGCUGCCUCUGCCACUGUGUUGAGCAGACUUGCAGGGCAGGCGAGGACUCUGCCAGAGCAGGUCAGUAGUACACAGUGUGGGGGACGCGGCUUGCUGGGCUUUUAAACAAAUUCUUUAAAAGGAAAGCAGUCCUCGUGCUCGUCUAAGGUGAACUGCACGUGGCUUCUCUCGCCCUGCUUCUGAGGCUGCCAGACGGGGCACUUUCUCCUCCCGCAUUCAGGGAAGCCCUGGGCGCUGUGUGCAGGCCGGAACAGCAGCUGCCUGGCUGGUGCCAGCGGGCUGUGUGCUUUCACCAGGACCGUCGCUCCCCACAAAAAUGCUGCUGCUUGUUCUUGGUGGGCCAGGAAUGAAUUUUAGAUUGGGGGCGUCUGAAUACAUGGUCCCCAUGUUUACAGCAACUUUUAAAAACAGCUUUGUAGUCAUGUAUGCAACACAUCUGUAAUUCCAGCACUGAAGGAGCCAGAUUGUAAGUUCGAGUCCUACCAGGGCAACUCAGAGCCUGCCUCAAAAUCCAGAGAGCUGGGAUGGUGCUCAGUGGUGGCCCUGGGUUGGACUUCUGUACUAGGUAGGUGGAGGGGAUGACAACCAAGCGUUUGUAAAACGGGUCUUUAACCCAUUUAUGCCAAAGGUUACAAUAUUUUUCAUUUUUGCAUGAAAUUCAUUUUACCUUAAAAAACCCAAGGAACAAGAAUUUGAAGAGAAAAAUUUUAUGUCCCAUUGUUACGUGCCAUUUCAAAACUGAACACUAGACAUGAAAGGAUUAAAGGAAGCAUUGUGAGUUUGAGGUACUGGAUGUGCAAUGAACAAAGGGGCCCUGUGAUGGAGGAAGUGUUACUGUCACAGAAACGGGCAGAGGCAGGGAGGCCUUUGUCAUCACACCGUCAGCUGCACCUCAGUCAUGGUUAAAGGUCAAAAUUUUGAUUUACUCAUUUAUAAUCUUAUUCUUUCCAAGCAAAACAAAUUCAUGUUACAGCUUUUUAAAAUAUCUUUUUUUUGCCCUGAUUGUGUGUGGGGGUGUCAAUCUUACACAAUCUUUGAAGUGUAAGUUAAUUUUUAUGCGGUGUUUCAGUAUAUAUUUUAUUCAUUAAAUUUAUUUGAAAACA